AAAUAUUGGAUAGUUAUAGGAUUACAGUUUCUACUAUAUAUGUAGGACUACUGCAAAAAUGAGAAAGCACCAUUUUAUAUUGACUCAAGUAACUGAUAAACCAUUGAGGGCUGGGGAACGUCUAACUUGCAGGGAUUUCUAUUGUCCCCCAUGGCUCCUCAGAGACACACCCCUCUGCCUUCACUCCUCCCUUCGCUGUAAUCUCUGCCACUUCCUUCACCUCCUCCGUCAGACACUGCUCCAUUCGUGUUGACUGCCCAGAGUCCACGGAUUUGAUCUCAGGAAAAUAACCUCCACCUCCACCUCCAGGCAACCGCAUCAGCAGCGAUCCCCACGCAGGCCACUCCCUUCUCGACCGCAUUCUUCUGCGGGUUGAGACAUGUCCCUGUACAGCUUCGGCCUGGAGCCCUUGUCCUGCCACGCCUGGAACAAAGACAAGACGCAGCUCGCGGUCAGCCCCAACAACAAUGUUGUAUGCAUUUAUCAAAAGAACGGCAAAGAAUGGGACAAGACUCAGGAGCUGACUGAGCACAGUGGACGCAUCACUGGAAUCGACUGGGCCCCCGAGUCCAACCGCAUCGUGACGUGUGCCUCGGAUCGUAACGCCUACGUCUGGAGCCUGAAGGACGGGGUCUGGAAGCCCACGCUGGUGCUGGUCCGGAUCAACCGGGCGGCGACCUGCGUCAAGUGGUCGCCCCUGGAGAACAAGUUCGCUCUGGGCAGCGCCGCCCGACUCAUCUCCGUCUGCUACUUCGAGAAGGAGAAUGACUGGCUUGUGUUUAGGGCAACCCCACUGACCACAGAUCGCCUGCCUCUGAUGAGCGUGCUCUACGUUAGCCCGACUGAGAUUGUGGCUGCUGGCCACGACUGCGUCCCGUACCAGUUCUCCUACCAGGGACCCGGCGCGCUGAGCUUCGUCAAGAAGCUGGACAUCCCAAAGCAGACGUCCAAGGGCAGCAUGUCCGCCAUGCAGCACUUCCGCAACCUGGACAAGAGGGCCACCGACGACGACAUGAACGACCUGAACGCCCUGCACCAGAACAGCAUCACCCAGCUGCGUGUUUAUUCUGGGGAGAGAGCCAGGAUUGAGAAGUACAGCAGCGUGUCCCUCGAUGGAGCCAUGGUCGUAUGGGAGUUUAAGCAUUGAUACAAAGGUUGGUUCAAUUUCUUGAAGAUAAGGACUCAUGAAUCUACCGGUAUUGUCUUGAGACACAUCCAGGUCCUCUUCAUCGCAACACUCCCAAGACAAGCAGCUCCUCCAGGGGUCUUGUUAUUGAAUGACUGCUCUUUGUAAAAGGUGCAAUAAAGAAACUUGAUUC